AUGACUACUGAGCAGCUGGCUAUGGCGAGAUGCACUGGCCCGUUGCUGCAUCAUAGGACAUCCUGGCCUGACAGUCUCGCAGACAGCCUGGACACUGUGCUGCCAUCGCUUGUAACGGACACAGGAUCUGGUCAGACAUCUGGCAGGCUUGACUCUGCGAGUCCGACGAACUCUGGCCGACCUAUCGCGAAUAUCACCAGACCACACAAUGAGGCCGAGAUGCGAUAA